UUACUGACCUGAAAAGCAAGUGAGACAGAGGAACUGCACAAAAUGAUUCGUUUUCUCUGCUGUUGUUGCAUCUCCAGUGAAAACUCCGGGAAUGAGAGGCAGCCUCUCCUGCAGCCUCAACCAUCUGAAGUGAAUGGAGCUGAAUCUGCUAGGCAGACCCGGUCACAGAAUGGUACAGGUACUGGGACUGGGAGGCGGACUGGCAGGUUGGUGAUGAGGCGGGUAGGUGUACCAGAGCUGGACCAGAGGUUUUUGGAUGUGGCCGAGGCCUUCAACGAGCAGCAACAUCGCUACGAGACCAUGGUCCGACUCAUAUCCAACUUGCAGCAGAGAUGUGGUUGUGUACACAGCGGUGCGCUGGCUUUAGCUGAAUGCAUGAGAAAGAUCAGAGACGAACACGGAUCCAAAUACAGAGUUACCCUGAGGUUGAAGGGCUACGACUUCUUCCUCUGUGUUGUUCCAGUUGAGUCUGAAAACACCUCUGAUGAGAGCGAGCCGCUUCCCUCACACCUGCAAAUGGCUGUUGAUGAACUGAAGAACACUUCAGAAUGUGCCAAGGCCACCAUCUCAAAAGGUACGAGUCUUCAAGAGCUGAUUGGUUGGCUCCUCCGCAGCAAGGACCAGAUGGCUGACCAAGUAAAAGCAGCAGUACAAACUUACCAGGAGCAACAGAGACUGGAUGAGAACCUAAAAGAGAACAUGAAGGAAGUGACGAGGGCAAAGGAGUUGUCUCUGGAAUACAGAAGGCGAGCGGGGGAUGUUCUCACUGAGGCUGCACAGAUAGCAGGGGCUCUUCUCUAGCCGAUGGACAUUUUGAUGGUUUUAUUAUAAUCCACUACUGCAGACUUACAUAUGCACACAAGUUAUAUAUGUUCUUUGACACUUUUUAACCCACUAUUGUCUGAAUAUGAACAUACAUGAGAUGAUUUUACAGUAUCCAAGACAUGAAGAUGUUCAGGGUGUCCACAAAGUCUCUUUACA